CCUCAUUACAAGGCAUAUUUUAAUUUAUUAAACAUCAUUGUAUAUGUUAGAAUGGCCCAGUCAAAGUCUAGAACUACUGUAAGUUCAAUUGAGGAUGUGUGUCAUUCUAUGAAAACUACAAAUCAUUUCCAUCCUAUCUGACUGGGCUUGUGCUAUUUUCACACCAUCUACUAAUUCGGCAGCACCUGCAGGAACAUAUUUUCACUGCAUUUCAAUCUGAGGUUUCAGAAUAAAAGCCCUUGAAGACAAAUGUGCGCAACACUAUUCAUGUCUUUAUUUGUAAAAUGCCAUCCAUCCAUCCAUUUUCUUGCACCCUUUUUCCCUCAGUAGGGUCGGGAGGGUUGCUGGUGCCUAUCUCCAGCUUAUUUGUAAAAUGUUUUUUCUAAAAACACUUAUUGUUUCACCACUUCCCAAAAUUGCACUAUUUUGUGUUCAGUUUAUUACACAGUUGAAAAAUAAAACACAUUAAAUACAUGUGAACGCUCUGCAAGGCUCUGUAUGUUUAUGCGUCACCAUGGCGACACCUUAUCUGCAUCUGCAGGCAUCUACAAGAAAUGGGUCACAUCUCACUUCAUUGGGUUGCUGCUUUAUAGACGAUGAGGCUUGAAGGAUGAACACUUUCAUUUUCCACGGACCCUGAUUGGUCUUCCAGCACCUGCUGGGACGUUUUUCAGGUUUUUUUGGUUGCCAGACAACCAUAAGAUGACCUUUGAAAUGUAGCUAGUUUAAACUCAUCCAGUAACACCAGGACAGUGUAUACCAGCAUGUCUUCCAGCAAACGACAAUAACCAUCACAAACUUCUUUUUUUCUCCCCUUCCUAAUUCAUUGUUCAGUCAUUUCUAAGUGAUACUCUACGCUACAUAGAAACGAGCUUGGACGAAAACACAGUGACAAGAUGGAUAGAAGUACUUUUCUGUACAGCAAACAUGGAGCGAACAAGCAGCAUAAGAAGAAAGACCAUAGCGAGACAACAUAAGACGGAAGUCAUGAUUGCGGGGGAACAGCUCAGGUUGAGGCUUCACGACGGAAAGCUGAUCAAGGAUCGGCGGUACUACCUGCGGACGUAUCCGAACUGCUUUGUGGCGCAGGAGCUGAUCGACUGGCUGGUGAGUCACAAGGAGGCUUUGGAUCGAGCGACGGCCGUUUAUCUCAUGCAGCACCUCAUGGACCACGACAUCGUUCAUCACGUCUGUGACAAGAGACCCGAAUUCAAGGACGCCAAACUGCUGUAUCGUUUUCGCAAGGAUGACGGCACAUUUCCCUUCAACACUGAGGUGAAAAUCUUCAUGCGAGGGCAAAGGCUGUAUGAAAAUCUUGUCGCCGACAAAAACUCCAUCCUGCAGCUGAGAGAGGAGCACGGGGUUUCCUAUCAGCGCUCGUUUCCGGGCUGCCAGCUGAUUGACUGGCUCCUGCAGAACGGGGAGGUGGAAAGCCGGCGUCAGGGAGUGGAACUGAAUCGGGCGUUGCAGGAGCAUGGCAUCAUUCAACACGUGACAAAGAAGCAUGACUUCUUCGACAGCGGGCUCCUCUAUCAGUUUUGCAUCAAUUUCCGUCGCCGCCGGCGCCUAUCUGAGCUGCUAAAUGAAAGGGAGCAAGAGAAUGACGGGGCUUCCAUCCAAGAGGAAAACAAUCUCGACAGUCCGUUUUUUCUACGCAAAGACCCCAUCCAGGAGCAUAACAGUGCUUUUCAAUCUAUGGGGCAGAGUAAAGACAUAAAACAAAUCACAGGUGGCCGGAGAUCCAGUCUGAAUUCGCUUCAGCUUCAUUCUGGCGGAUUUCAAACUCUCGGUCAACUCUCUUCAAACUCAGUCGUGAGAUGCAAUCCUAAAUCAGUUUUAAAAAGACAUGUCACAUGUCAGGAGUUACUGGCCCCAGGAGCACCCUUCAUCAAGAAAGUACUUACGGUGAUCGGCGACGCCCUGGGCUGGGGCAUUGUGGUCAGAGGCGGGGCUCCCUGCUACAUUCAAGCCGUGGAUCCUGGCAGCCCUGCGGCAGCUGCUGGAGUUAAGAUACGGCAGUUUGUGUGCCAGGUGAAUGGCAGGUAUGUUCUUUACCUGGACUACAAGACAGUGACCAGGCUGGUGAUGACUGGACCUCGUGUUGUUGUGCUGGAAGUUAUGGAGCAACUGGAAUGAAAACUACAUCUGAACAACGAUAAUGUUAAUAAACCUUGAAUAGGAACAAAACAAAUGAUUGUGAAUUAAAAAAAAAAAAAACGAAGUUAGGAAGAGUACAAAUACCUCGCUGUUCACCUGAACAACAGACGGAACUGGAGUGAAGCCUUCUACCAGAACGGACAGGGUUCUGGUUCUGUUCUAGGGACUCGUCUUGAACCUUGAGAGAUAAUUGUGCAAAGAAUUCUUCAUAAAAUAAAAUAAAAAACAUUACAAACAUGAGCAUCCUCUUCAUUGUCAUGCAAUAAAAGUGUCUUCAGUCAGAGGACUCUUCAGAUUUGGUGUAACAGACUGAUACUAUUCUUCCUGUCCAAAGCCAUCAGCAUCUGUAACAACUCUUUGAAGUAGGGCUGCCACCGUCCUGUAAAAUACGGAAUCGUCCCGUAUUGAACCGAUACGAGACGCGGUUUGUUCCAUAUUUCUAUAAAUGUCUGAUACACAUGCCUAUUACACAUAUAUCAACACUAAAUAUAACAAUAAUGACCAAAAUAGGACACAGGAUAUAAGGUCAGCUAAACUGUCAUGGCCGGAGCUCCACAGGACCUGCCAGAACGCAGCACGAACAGCGCUGCUGUCACGGUUGCAACCCACGUUUUUUAUAAUCUCCACCUGAUGCUCCACCGUGUCCUUAGAAGCAAGAACUCUUGCAAAAAUACAGACGUGAGUGGGAGGACGCGCAUUCCAGGAAGACCAAUGUCAAUGAGGAUUAAUACAGACAUUGUUUUUUAAAAAUUUGAGUCGGCGAUAUUCAGUGGCGCAGUGUGCUGCUGUAUGAUAUCAGAUACAAUGGAUCAGGAGAGGGACACUGCAGAACCGUCAGAACCAGACAUCAGCGUCUCGUGAGGCCAACAUGGUACAGAACAUUUUGCUAUAAUUUAUUAAGUUUCUUAUUGUGCUUUUAGUAGACAACCAUGGUUUGAUUAUGAUUCUUAAAAUGUUGA